AGGGAGCAGUCUGCGAAGUCUGAGCCUCAUUCAUUGAUGUGUAUGAGGGGAAUAAGUCACAUUAUUGAUGGUGGUGAUGAAACCAUGUCUUCGUUUUCAGUCAUCCUGAUCGCUUUUAUGCACAGUCAUUGUGCGGCUGAUGGGAAAACGGUGUUUGGUGUGUUUCGCAGCGACGCGGCUAGGGAAAACCAUGGCCAAUACAUAACAAGGUUUCUGUACCACGGGGAGAAUGCCUUGAUGUCGUACCGCCUGGAGAACGCGCCCUUGGCCGCACGGAAAGACGCGAAGCUGCUUCUCUAUCAGGACAUGGAAGGCUUUGACAACCUGAGCUGUCUGGACAGAGUAGCAGGAGCCAGUCUUACCAUUACGCUGAGCACAGAGACGCACAAUGAGACCAUACCCCAGCAUGUGGUCCCAAAGACCUGGCAUGUGAUGUAUGCUGACCGCUACACCUGCCAGGAAAAGAAGGCAGAGGACGCUCUGGAGGGCGUGGCCUUUCAGCUCACCAUGUUGAACCCAGACUCUGAGGGCAACCCACUGGACCACUUCGGCGCAGAGGAGGCUGGUUUGCACAGCUUCUACUUCAUGCUGAUUUUGGCCUAUUUCAUCGCCUGCUGCGUUUACCUGCAGCCACUGUUGCAGGCCUUAAACAAGGGGGGUCCCAUGCACACUGUCCUGAAGGUCCUGUCCACGGCUCUGCUACUGCAGGGCCUGUCUGUGCUCUUUAACUACAUCCACAUGGCCAGGUAUGCCAGAGAUGGAGUAGGAACACCUCUAGUAGGAAUCUUUGCAGAAUUCUGCGACAUGGUGGCUGAGGUGCAGAUGCUGUAUAUGCUACUCUCUCUGUGCAUGGGCUGGACGCUGAGUCGUGCCAGGAAGCUCCAGAGCAAACCCCUGCAGUGGGACUCCUCUCCCACCUCCACGGCGCUCGCUGUCGGCGCAGUCGUCUUCCAGGGAGCACUGCUGAUCUGGGAGCAGUUUGAGGACACUGAGCACCACAGUUACCAUGCUCACCGCAGUGUAGCUAGCUUACUGCUGAUGGCACUGCGCGUGAUUCUCUCUCUGCUACUCGCGUUGGUGUUGUACCAGAUUAUCUCCGCAGAGAGGAGCACCCUCAAGAGAGACUUCUACCUCAGCUUUGCCAAGGGCUGUUUCCUGUGGUUCCUGUGUCACCCAGCCCUUGUUCUCUUUUCCGUAAUAUUCAACGAGCAUCAGAAGGAGAAGGUCAUAACCAUUGGCGUGAUCCUAUGCCAGUCCAUCUCCGUGGUGAUCUUGUACAGACUCUUCCUGUCUCGCAGUCUUUACUGGGAAGUGUCCUCACUGUCUUCUGUUACGCUGCCCCUCACCAUGUCCAGGGGACCUCGGAGUCGGUACUAAAGCACAGCAGGUUACCCUUACGCCAUGUCUGCUGUCAUAAGGGGUUCAGAGGCACCCUGGAACACAGCAAGAACGCACCGCAUACAAACGGCAGGAAAGUUGGCCGUUCUGUAAAACCACGUGUGUAUGCACUGGUUUACAUGUAUAUUAAUGUGCAUUGUCUUAUGGACAGUGUGGCAGAGCAGCGGUAGUACCUGAGGGCCGUCAGUAUAAAACUAAACAAAAAGCCUGUAUUCAUAUCAGUACGCUUUGGGAUUGCACACUAAAGCUGCUUCAGAUGACUUUCAAGGCACAGAACACCCUUAUGAAAACAUUAGAGACAAGCAUACAGAUGGUACUGAUAAGAUACACAAUUGUUGUAUUUUUGGAAACGAUAUAUUCUUUAAAUAUCAGUACUUUAUGCCCCAUUACCUGUGGUUUAAAGGUGUGUCUGUGUUCAUGUUGGUUACACAAUACAUGGAAUUCAAACAUUCAGUUUUAGACAGCUACGUUACUGGGCCACACAUGCCAUUUCUCACUUGUCAGUGAACUGCAAUAAGAACUAACAAAUCUGUGGUCUGAUUGUUGGAAAAAAGCCAUGGAAUCAUGGACUAGCCUACUCUGUAGCACAAUAGGAUGUACAACAUUUGCACAAAGAAGUAAUACAACAAAACAUUGGAGACUAUACUUGAAUAAAGAUGCCAAUGUUUUUGUGUGUGCGUGUGCAUGUGCGUUAAGUACAUUCAGUCUUGUACAUGGAUUGAAAUUUAUUUUCACAAGUGCCUGAUAUGACAAUCAUGUUGCGUGUGAAAGAGGGCCAGUGUUGUACCUGCUGGGAUCACAGAGAAUAAAUAAGGAGAAUGUUUAAAUUGUGCGGGAUUGGAUUGUUUACAUUCUUCCCAAGUGAAUGCUUAGAUCUGUGUUGAUGUACAAGACAACUGUUACCUUUAGCAUGGUUUGUAAAUUAUUAUUGUAAUGCACAAAACAUUUUUGUUAAUAAAUAUGUUGUACAUACAUUUGGAAGAUCAACAUUAUUAAGAUCUUCAAUCAAUGGCAUGAGCUAGUUUUAGUAAGAAAGGGUUGUUUCACUCAUUUUUUUCCACCAAUGUGUUCAGUAAGACACUCACUAUCUGUGGGAUUUUUCUAAUCUGCACCAGAUUUGGCUGGAGCUCAUUCAUUACCAACAUAUCUGCCAGUGUUUUGAUAUGCUGCUGACAUUUCUUCAAUGGAAACAUGUUUGACUAUGUAACUCACAAUCUACAAAUCCAACACUAUGCACGUGACUGUGUUUCUAUGGCUUCUGUAUGAGCCCCACUAGCAGUCCGAAGAUGAGUGUAUGCUCCUUGUGUACUUGCGAACAGGGGAGUUUCUUAUACAGACGCAUCUACUCCCAAAUUCGUAGACGUGCCCGUACCAAGGAACUGGUCUCACUUUGGAUGAAGAUGGGGAGGGAAGGUCACGCCGACCAGACAUCAAAAAGCAUAGGGUGGAAAAUACCAUUAAGACUUAUUACUAAGUGGUACUGGCUUUAACAAACAAUCCAGAAUAGCUAAAUUAUAAAGAACACUAAUAUACUGCUUCCCUCAUCAAAGAAUAUACCAUAUAAGCUUACUUUUAAAAGGCUUUGGCAUCGUAACACAGGUUGUUAUAUAUCUUAUAUUUGACAAUUCCCUUGGCUGAGAUAAUGAAUAUAAAACCA